AUGAAAUACAGCAAUUUAGCCCAAUGCUUAUUGGCAUCAAGUACAAGUUUGGCCCACAACCAUGUCAGCGAUUUUGAACAAUCAGCCGAAGAUUUGGAUAAAGUCUGGGGUCAAGAUUGGCCUUUCACCGGGAUUCAGACGUUUGCCCACCUCAACCACCAAAAAUGUCUGUUGAACAGAAGCCUUGACUUUGAUAUUGGUAUAAUUGGUAUGCCGUUCGAUACUGCAGUGACAUUCCGUCCGGGAGCACGUUUUGGGCCCCAGGCAAUCAGAAGAGCGUCUCAGAGACAAACGUCGCUCAGAGGAUUCAAUUCCAGGGCAGGAAUCAACCCAUACCAAAAUUGGGCAAAAAUACUGGACUGUGGCGAUGUGCCAGUAACACCUAUGGACAAUAAGCUUGCGUUGCAAAUGAUGACCGCUGCAUAUGAGAACUUAAUGACGAGAAACAGCACAAGCCAGUCAAAUGAGCUACCACCACGGUUCGUGACGCUGGGUGGUGACCACAGCAUAAUUUUACCGGUGCUAAGACAGUUGCGCAAAGUUUACGGACCAGUGUCUGUGAUUCAUUUUGACUCGCAUCUCGAUACAUGGGCCCCCAGCAAAUAUCCUUCGUAUUGGCACAGUGAUGAGUCUGCGUUCACACACGGCUCCAUGUUGUGGCUGGCCCAUCAGGAAGGUCUUUUGGCAGAAAACACGAAUGUCCACGCUGGCUUGAGAACCCGCCUUAGCGGUGAGGGUUGGGAUGAUUACGACGAGGACGACGAGAGCGGAUUCCACCGUAUUGAAGCAGACGAAAUUCUAUAUCUUGGCGCUGACGGCAUGGCCGACAAAAUCCUCGCUUUGGUGCCCAAGGACAAGCCCGUUUAUAUCAGUGUCGACAUCGAUGUUUUGGACCCCAGUGCUGCUCCUGGCACCGGGACCGCCGAGGUCGGGGGUUUGUUGACUCGUGAGCUGAUCCGCAUCUUGCGCAGACUGGAAAAUCUGUCUUUGGUUGGCGGUGACGUUGUUGAGGUGUCUCCGGCUUACGACCACGCAGACAUUACCGCUUUGGCUGCAGCGCAGAUUGCUUACGAACUUAUGACAAACAUGGUCAAGAAGGGACCUCUAGAUGUCAGCAUUGCCAACACUCGUAACGACGCGCAUUUCAAGGAUCAAACAAAUUUCAGAGCUGCUGCCGAUUUGAUUUGA